CACCUUUUCAUUUUUUUAAAAUUUUAUAUAGACUCUAGUUGUGUCGACAUUUAGGAAUUAUCCAAUUUUACACUCAAUCAUCUUUCAUUUCUUAACCGCAAUUCCUUUCACAGAAAUCCCAAUUUGUAUCAUACGUUUAAACUUCGAUUUCCAGAACACCCAUCUCAAAUUCCAACCAAAAGAUCGUUUCUAAGUCCAAGAAAAUGGUGGUGACGGCGGCGGAGGAGAGGACUUCGAAGAGGUUCACCGGCGAGUUUGUGGAUGAAAUGAGGUCUGUAGCGAUGAAAUUGCAUACUAAAGAUCAAGCGAAAGAUGGAGAAAAAGAAACGCAAGGAAAACCAUGGCGUAAAUGGGAGCCCACCAUUGAUGGGUAUUUGAAGUUCUUGGUGGAUAGUAAACUGGUUUACGAUACUCUUGACAAGAUUCUUGAUAAAUCCGAUUUUCCUGAAUAUGCUGAAUUUAGGAACACUGGACUCGAAAGGGCGGGAAAUUUGGCGAUCGAUUUGGAAUGGUUUAAAGAACAAGGUCAUAUUGUUCCUGAACCUUUAUCACCUGGGAUCAAUUACUCGAUUUAUAUCGAAGAAUUAUCAAAGAAAGAUCCACAAGCGUUCAUCUGCCAUUUUUAUAACACCUACUUCGCACACACUGCCGGUGGUCGGAUGAUCGGAAGAAAGGUUGCUGCAAAGAUCCUGAAUGGGAAAGAACUAGAGUUCUAUAAAUGGGAUGGUGAUCUUCCCCAAUUAUUGCAGAAUGUUAGGGAGAAAUUGAAUAGAGUUGCAGAGAAUUGGACAAGAGAGGAGAAGAAUCAUUGUCUUGAAGAAACCGAGAAAUCAUUCGAAUUCAAUGGCGAUAUUCUGCAUUUGAUCUUGGCAUGAUCAUGAAAGAAGCUUUGAAAAUUUGUUGCUUUUUAUUGAUCUUUGAUUCUCUUGUAAAAAGUGUACUUUCCAAAUGUUUCUUUGUAUAUAAUCUUUUUUCUUGUA